AUUCGUUGCUUCUCUACUAGGUGUUCUGGCAUUACCAUGAAUUCCGGCAUGGACCCUAACGACGACAUCCCCAAUCACAGUCCCAGAAUCUUCGACCGUUACGCCUCCUCCUCCUUCGACGACUCGCAGCCGCCCUACCCUUCCCUCCAUUCCACCAACCGACGCCUUGACUACAUGAUCCAAUUCCUUGACCGCAAUCUUCUACCUCAACAAUCUUCUCGUCACAAGUCCUCCAUGCCCGAGUUUGUCGCUAAAGGCGGCGGCCAAGGCAUUUUCGCGCUGCCUGAGCGCAAACCCCUCCACCCUAAUCGCCCUCCCUACCUCGAGGUUCGACCGCACCCCCUCAGGGAGACCCAAUUCGGAUGCUUUCUGAAAACGAUCGCCUGCACCGACCGGCAACUUUGGGCGGGCGGCGAGAGCGGGGCGGUUAGGGUUUGGGAAUUGAAAGAUUUGUACGAGGAAGGUGAGGAGGCGGCGGCGGCGCCGUUUAGGGAAUCAUUGGCGAUAUCAUCAAAUGGGACUGGGGAUGCAGCGGUGAUUUGUAUAGUGCAGGACGUGGGGAAUGGAGUGGUUUGGAGCGGGCAUAGAGAUGGAAAGAUCAGAGGGUGGAAGAUCGAUUGUGAGAGUGGUGGGUUUAAGGAAGGGUGGUGUUGGCAGGCUCAUCGAGGCCCAGUGCUGUCCAUGGUUUUCACUUCUUACGGGGAUCUGUGGUCUGGUUCAGAAGGGGGUAAUAUCAGGAUUUGGCCAUGGGAAGAUAUUCAAAAUGCACUCUCUUUGACAAUGGAAGAACGGCAUAUGACUUCUUUGUUAAUGGGGAGAUCAUUUAUUGAUCUUAGGAGUCAAAUCGCUGUAAAUGGCUUCAGUUCAAUAUUAAAUUCAGAUAUCAAGUGCCUUCUGUCUGAUAAUAUUCGAGCUAAAGUAUGGAGUUCUGGCUAUCUUUCCUUUGCAUUGUGGGAUGCUCGUACGAGGGAUUUACUCAAAGUUUUCAACAUUGAUGGUCAAAUUGAAAAUAGAGCAGAUUUGUCAUUAGUUCCAGAUUUUUCUGUGGAAGAUGAGAUAAAGAUGAAGGUUGUUACAAGUACAAAGAAGGAAAAAACACAAAGUUCCUUUGGUUUCUUUCAGCAGUCACGUAAUGCUAUCAUGGGAGCAGCCGAUGCUGUUCGCCGAGUUGCAGCAAAAGGGGGCUUUGUUGAUGAUAGCCGGAAGAUUGAAGCACUCACUAUAACUAUUGAUGGGAUGAUUUGGGUUGGUUGUGCGAAUGGCUUGCUCAUCCAGUGGGAUGGAAAUGGAAAUCGUAUUCAAGAUAUUCAGCUUCAUUCUUCUGCUGUUCUAUGCUUAUGCAGUUUUGGAUCAAAAAUAUGGGUGGGUUAUACUAGUGGUAUUGUCCAUACUCUAGACCUUGAUGGUAAUAAGCUUGGAGAAUGGGUUGCUCACAACAGUUCUGUACUGACAAUGGCCACUGGUGCUGGUUAUAUUUACACCCUGGCUAAGCAUGGUGGGAUACGUGGAUGGAGUAUCACAUCCCCUGGAGCUCUUGAUGGCAUACUGUAUUCAGAAUUGACUGCAAAAGGAUUUCUCUAUACAAGGAUAGAAAAUUUAACUAUCUUAACUGGUACAUGGAAUGUUGGGCAGGGUCGAGCAUCUAAGAGCUCGCUUGAGUCUUGGCUACAUUCGGCUGUUUCAGACGUUGGAAUUAUUGUUAUUGGAUUGCAAGAAGUUGAAAUGGGUGCUGGUUUUCUUGCAAUGUCUGCAGUGCGAGAAUCUGUGGGGAUUGACGGGAGUGCUAUUGGACAGUGGUGGUUGGAUAUGAUAGAUGAUGCUUUGCAUGAUAUGAUGGAAAGAAAGUCAAAAGGUCUGAUGAGAAAACAAUUGCAUCCACUGAGAAGAUUUGAACGUGCUGGAUCUAGGCAGUUGGCAGGCAUGCUUAUUGCUGUUUGGGUAAAGGAUAAUCUUAAACCACAUGUUGGGGAUAUUGAUGCUUCUGCAGUUCCAUGCGGCUUUGGGCGUGCUAUUGGUAACAAGGGAGCUGUUGGUUUAAGACUAAGAGUGUAUGACAAGAUUUUUUGCUUUGUUAAUUGUCACUUUGCUGCUCAUUUGGAAGCCGUCGGUCGUCGAAAUGCUGAUUUUGACCAUGUAUAUCGUACAAUGUCAUUUGGUCGACCAUCUAAUCUCUUCAAUGCUGGUGCUGGUAUGGUGUUGUACCUGUUAUUUUGUUGCACGCUUGCCUGGUCAAUAUAUUUAUUUUGGCUUGUUUAUAAAUCUAGCUUGCUAUUGGUCCUUUCUAUUGCAGCUGGUGCUUCGUCGGCUGUUCAAAUGGCUCGUGGAGCUAAUGCUAUGGGUGCCCAGUCUGUUGAAGGAAUGCCUGAAUUAUCUGAGGCAGACAUGAUUGUAUUUCUUGGUGAUUUUAAUUAUCGUCUUGAUGAUGUGUCAUAUGAUGAAGCAAGAGAUUUUAUAUCUCAAAGAAGCUUUGAUUGGCUUAGAGAAAGGGAUCAACUCCGAACAGAGAUGGAAGCUGGAAAUGUUUUCCAGGGGAUGCGAGAAGCAGCAAUUACUUUUGCUCCCACGUACAAAUUUGAUAAACAUGUAGCUGGUUUAUCAGGUUAUGAUUCUGGUGAAAAGAAACGCAUUCCUGCCUGGUGUGACAGAAUCUUAUACCGAGAUAGCCGGCAAACUUUGGGAUCUGAAUGCAGUUUAGAGUGUCCUGUUGUAUCUUCUGUAUCACAGUAUGAGUCUUGCAUGGAUGUGACAGACAGUGAUCACAAGCCUGUCAUUUGCAUAUUUUCUGUUGAAAUUGCCCACAUUGACGAGUCAGUUAGGAGACAAGAAUUUGGAGAUAUAGUGCGAUCAAAUGAGGAAUUUAGAUGCAAGCUUCAAGAAUUAUGCAAAAUUCCAGAAACAAUUGUCAGCACCAACAAUAUACUCCUCCAAAACCAGGAUACAUCAAUUUUGCGCAUAACAAAUAAAUGCAAGGAAAGCAUUGCUUUGUUCGAAAUAGUUUGCCAAGGUGAAUCUACAAUCAAGGAUGAUGAGCAGGCAUCAUAUCAUCAUCCAAGAGGUUCCUUUGGCCUUCCACGGUGGCUUCAGGUUACUCCAGCUGCUGGCAUAAUUAAACCAGAUCAUGUAGCCGAGGUAUCAGUUCAUCUUGAGGCAUUCCACACUCAAGAAGAGUUUGUUAAUGGUUUUCCACAGAACUGGUGGUGCGAAGACGACAGAGACAAGGAAGCUAUAUUGGUGGUUAAAGCUCAUGGCAGGUAUACGAUGGAGACAAGGAAUCAUCGGAUCCGUGUUCGUCACUGCUGUUCAGCCAAAAAGAUUGAUCCCAAGCCUAGAGAUUCUGUACAAGUUCAAGGAAAUCGUCUUCACCGUGCCGACUAUCAAAGGCUUAGUGUUUCCUCUGAUGUGGUCGAUCAUCUCCGGCGUCUGCAUAGUCCAUAAAGUAUGACCGGGAAGAUGUUAACGAAAUCGCAUGCGACCAUUGUCUGUGGUGGUUGAUGGAGCAGCAAACAGAAAAUGUUCACAACUUUUUUUGCCGGAGUGAUUUUCUUACGUGGUGUGAAUAGGAGUUGAGCUGGUGCCCAAUUUUUAUACCGUCAUCAGUGGUGUUUGUUUAAUUUCAUUUAUAAAUUGUGUAGAGUAUGAGAGAAGUGAGAAGCAUUUCGCCUUUCAAUUGGUUUUAGUAACAAAACUGCUUUAAUUAAGGCUCCUCGUUUUAAUUGA